GGACGCUCUUGCUGGCGUUCGUCCUGGCGGCCGACCCGCGGCGGGCGGGCCGUCUGGCGCUGUGGCUUGCGAGCUGGGCUCGUUCCGGCGUGGCGCGCCGGCUGGCGGGGCAGGUGGGGCGUUUCCUCGAGGGGGCGGCGGCGGCCUGCCAGCCACGGUCGCUGGCGGUCGCGGUGCUCUGGUCGUUCGGCUGUGGGGCGCCACGGCCAUGAGCAUGUGGUAUGUCACGCGGGCAUUCGGCAUCGAUGUCGAUGCCGGCGGCGCGAUAGUCCUGAUGGGACUGGUCGUCGUGGGCGUGGCCGUGCCGACGCCGGCAGGCGUGGGCGGCUACCAUGCCGCGUAUCAGCUCGGCGCCACGGUGCUGUACGCCGCGACCGACGAUCAAGCAGUUGGUGCAGGCCUGGUGCUGCACCUGUUGUCGUUCGGGCCGGUGACGGUGCUGGGCCUGGUGUUCAUGGCGCAGGACGGCCUGCAAUUCGCCAAUAUGCGCGGUCUGGCAAGCAGCGCGGCGGUCCCUCAGCCCGGCGGCGCGAUGGACCUGCCGGCGCGUUCGGAGGAUCGGAGCCUGUCGUGAAGUGCCCCUUCUGCAGCCACCUUGAAGAUCGGGUGGUCGACUCGCGCGAGAGCAAGGAAGGUGACGUGAUCCGCCGCCGGCGAGAGUGCCUGGCGUGCGGCCGCCGCUUCACGAGCUACGAGCGGAUGGAAGAUAUCCCGUAUAUGGUGGUCAAGAAAGAUGGUUCUCGCGAGCCGUUCAACCGCCAGAAGCUGAUCGCGGGAAUGCUCAGGGCGUGCGAGAAGCGGCCCGUGAGCGUGUCGGCGCUCGAGGCGGUCGCCAAUCGCGUUGAGGCCAAUCUUCAGGACAGAUCCGAGAAGGAGAUGUCGGCGGCCGAGGUCGGGAGCCUGGUCAUGGAGGAGUUGAAACGGCUAGACAAGGUGGCCUACGUGCGGUUUGCGUCGGUAUACCGGCAUUUCCGUGACGUCGGCGAAUUCAUGACCGAACUGCGGGGGUUGCUCGACGCCAAGGACUCCUAG